AUGUCUUCGCUCACAAGCUUGAGCGCGGCCUCUGACGACCGCAAGGCUCGGCUCGCAAACCUAAGAAACCUGAAGAGAAAGCAGCCCAACGACGAGAUUGUCGCACCAGAAUCCGACCGGGCGCGAUCCCCGUUCGAGCAAUCGGACGUUUCAACGAAACAUAUCUCCGGUCGAAAUUACGAUCCCGAAACCCGUGGCCCUAAGCUUGGCUUCGAGGCACCGCCGACUCUCGCGCUUGAGAAGGCUACGCUGGAAGAACAGGCGGCAGAGGUCGAAGAGGAAGUGAGAGCACAUGCUGAAGAAGAGGCAAAAGAUGAUAAAGGUGUCGACCUCUUCAAACUACAGCCCAAGAAGCCGAAUUGGGAUCUGAAGAGAAAUCUAGAACAAAAGAUGGAGGUAUUGAACACGCGGACGGAUAAUGCAAUUGCUAGACUAGUCCGUGAAAGAAUCACGGCGGCUCAAAAAGCGACCAAAACAGCACCUGGGAAGGAGAAUGGGGAUGUGGACGGGGAGGCGGCUGGGGUGGAUGGCGUGGCUCUGGUCGAGGGCCUGAGGGUCAGAGAGAUGGAGGAGGAGGAAGAGAGAAGGGAACAGGAAGAAGAUGAGGUAUAG